AUGGUGACUGGGCUUCAUUCUUUAUUCGUAACUGUGGUGCUGGCGUCUGUCGCGCGCUAUACGGGGGCAGUGGGACCGGUGAUCCGGUGUGAGCCUUGUGAUGCCGGCGCACGGAUGCUGUGCAAGCCCAUACCCAAGGACUGCGCGGAGAAAGUACGCGAGCCAGGCUGUGGCUGUUGCCUGACUUGCGCCAUUGCGCACGGGCAGCCGUGUGGAAUAUACACGGGAAGAUGCGGGUUCGGCUUAAAUUGCCAACAUCAGCCGGGGGAAGCUAAACCACUCCAAGCAUUACUGGAGGGACGUGGAAUCUGCGCCAACGCAACCUCCAAAAAGCUGUUAAGGACCACAGCAUCGGGCAAGGAAAAUGAAGGCAGCGAGAAGGUCCUCGGUGAGGAGACGACGGCAGCCGCCAGCCCCCAGCCGCCGCCGCCGCCACCACCGGCCAUCCUCCCGUAUCCCCCCCUCCCGCCGCGGCAGCAGCACCCGCGUUACCACAGCCACGCCAAGGCAGGGGUCAUAGACCGCGAGCACGCCAAGAAGACCCAGAGCUUCAAGAUGGAGGACGUGCCCAUCGGACCCAACACGGACCAGCAGAACUUCUCCCUGGAAACCAAGCCAGAGCCUGAAUUUGGUCCGUGUCGACGGGAGAUGGAGAGCAUCCUCAACAGUCUGAAGGUCACGGACAUCCUCAAUCCCAAACGCUUUCGCAUCCCAAACUGUGACAAAAAGGGCUUCUACAAGAAAAGACAGUGUCGCCCAUCCAAUGGACGGAAGCGUGGCUUCUGCUGGUGUGUGGACAAGUAUGGUCAGCCAUUGCCGGGUUACAAGGGGAGAGGGGGAGGCGACACCCACUGCUACAACCUGGACGACCAAUAGAAGCAGUUUAUGAGAGGACGAGCGAGAGAGAGCAAGAGCGAGAGAGAGAGAGAGAUAGAGAGAGAGUUUGUCGGAGUGGUUUGGAACGAGACCUUGCGAGACUUAGGAUGCUAGGAACAGAGUCAGGCGCAGCCUACGGCUCAGGGAGCGACCUCGCCUCACAGACUUUUCGGGUUUACGGGCGCGGCAGGGGUCUGACGCUUUGGAAAUAAAGCUCUCCUCCUCCUCCUCCUCCUCCUCCUCCUCUCCUCUACCCUCAUCAUCUCUCCUCCUCCCCCGGCCUCUCCUCUCCUCUCCUCUCUGACCCUGCUGAGCUGCGGCUCGUCACUGGGACUGAGGUGUGAGCCGAGCCUGUCGUCGGGACAGCCCCGGACUCGCCGAGCCACAUCACCACAGCGGCUGCGCUGGACCACUACGCCUGUGCUACGCCUCAUCCACCACACACACACACACACCAGGAGGACUGGGCAGCCAUGCCACAAAAAAGGCUUCCAUCACGCAUAGAUGUGUAUUUAUAUGUAUGUUUAUGUAUAUAUAUGGUAUAUAUUGUCACUGCCUAUCAUGAAUAGGUAUAUGAGCAAGUGUCCCGGGGUGGCGGCAGAGAGUGCUCUAAGGACAUGGAGGAGCAAUGGGUGUUGAAAAAACUACAAUUCCCAGGAUACAG